GGCAGCAUUCCAUUACAAUUGAUCGCACGCCGUUCUCCAGAUCUAGGGUUGCUUACACUGCUCUCCUGCUCACUGGUCUCUCCGUCUCCCUCAUCCAUGGCUUCGGCGGCGGCGACCCAACAGGUGGGAACGUACUUCCUACGGAACUAUUACAACCUGCUGCAGCAGAACCCCGAUGUAGUGCACCAGUUUUACAACGAAGCCAGCACCAUGGUCCGCGUCGACGACCUCGCCGGAACGAACACCACUGUCAACAGCAUGAUGGACAUCCACUCGCUCAUUAUGUCCUUGAAUUUCACCCAAAUCGAGAUCAAGACAGCAAACUUUAUCAACUCAUGGGGUGAUGGGGUGCUAGUUAUGGUCUCUGGCCUCGUGCAGACCAAGGAGUACAGCCACCAAAGGAAAUUUAUCCAGAUGUUCUUCCUUGCUCCCCAAGAGAAGGGUUACUUUGUCCUCAACGAUUACUUUCACUUCGUCGACCAAGAACAGGUGCAGCCUGCACAACUGAUUUCUCAUGAUGACUACGAGAACAAUUUAGCCUCCAACACAGCUGUCGAAACUGUUCCUGAAUACAUUCAUGAGGAAGAAACUCAAACAGCACAAAUAACAUCUGAAGGACAUGAUGUGGUUGACAAUUAUGCUUAUUCUGAGCCACCACUGCAAGUGGUGUCAUCUGACAACUGGGGGGAGGAACCUCUUCCUGAAGAACCGCCUUCUUCCUUCUCAAAUGAAAUUGCAGUGGCACCAGAGGAGCCAGUGCAACCUUCUCCUGUGCCACCUCCUCAUGUGGAGGAGCCGGUUGGUGAACCAGUGAAGAAGACUUAUGCUUCCAUUCUAAAAACUGCAAAGGCUCCACCUGCAUUCCCGGUAGCCCAGCAAGUCCCUGUGAGUAAGCCUUCUCACCCUACAACAGAGUCGAACCAGGCCCAGCAUUCAGUCAUGGCUUCAUCAACGGCAGCUGAGAAACCAAGAUCUGAUGUCUAUGGUGAAGUUGCAGCCCAUGAUGAUGAAGAGAGCAAGUCUGUUUAUGUUGGGAAUGUGCCAUCAUCUGUAAGCGAGGCUGAUCUUGAAAAUGAGUUCAAAAAGUUUGGGCGGCUUAUUCCCGACGGUGUUGCUAUCAGAAGCCGGAAGGAGACUGGUGGCUAUUAUGCUUUUGUGGAAUUCGAGGAGCUUAGUGGUGUACACAAUGCGUUAAAGGCUUCACCAAUCGAAAUAAACGGGCGGCAGAUAUAUGUUGAGGAGAGGAAGCCUAACAGCGGAAUAAGAGGCGGAAGGAGGGGUGGAAGAGGCCGUUUUGGCGGUGGAGGUCGGGGAUUUGCCAGAGGUGGAGGUGAUGAGUACAAUGGUGGCAAUCGGGGGAGGUCGAACGGGUAUGGGCGUGUUCCUCACCAAGAGAGGGGCAUCCUUGGGAGCCACGCUCAAAGGAACUGAUCUGGUGUAGCAAGAGCAAGCAUAAGGUUUUGAUCUGUCGUCUGAGGGAGAGAGAUCCUGAACAAAGCAGCCUAUAUGCUGCUAGGUUGCAUUUGGGGUUUUUGGGGCUUGUUUUGUUGAUGAAUGUGUGUGCGUCGACCUAUGCGACAUCCAACUUUUGCUAGACUGAUGCUGCCUGUUGUCAUUAAGAGCUGUUGUUCUGUUAUCCUAGUUGCUAUUGUUGCUUU